AUGCGCUCCGCUAAGAGCGUCCUCAGCGGGGCGGCGUGGACGCUGGGGGGAAAGCGGGCGGUGGGGGGGAUGGGGGCGGUGGGGGGGAUGGGGGGUGUUGAGGGGAUGAGAAGGAGAAGGGCGAGGAGGGCGGUUAGGGCCAUGUCAUUUGCUGCUGGUGCAGCUGGUGAUGCCGUCUCUGGUACAAGAGAUGAUAGCGAUGGCAGUGCUGCUGCUGCUGGUAGUGGUGGUUGGAAGGAAGGAGAGGAAGAGGAGAGGAGCAGUGGGAGUGGGAGUGAGGACGAGGGGCAGCAGGUGGCGGUGGUGAGGGAUAUCUGGGGCCUUGCCCUCCCCGCCCUGGGUGCUGUUCUGUCGGAUCCGCUCAUGACGCUCAUAGACACGGCGUGUGUGGGGCAGCUGGGGUCGCUGCACCUCGCUGCGCUCGCUCCCAACGUCUCUGUCUUCAACUUCAUCUUCCAGACCUUCACCUUUCUGGGCACGGCAACGUGUGCACUGGUGGCGCGCCAAUCCACGCCCCAGCCCACCUACGCUGCACAGUCCCACCAGAACCUACUGGCCAGCAGGGCAGUGACAGCAGCAAUGCUGCUGGCGGUGGUGGGCGGGUCACUGCUAGCCCUCGCGCUGCUCCUCUCUGGCCCCUCGCUCCUCCGAGCCAUGGGCUGCCGCCCGCCCUUCCUGCUGCCCGCGCUGCAAUACCUCCGCAUCCGUGCUCUCUCUGCGCCCUUCGUGCUGGCUAUUCUGGUGGCGCAGGGAGCGUGUCUGGGGCAGCAGGACUCGGUGACGCCGCUGCUCAUAUUCGCUUCUGCUGCUGCGGUGAACGUGGCAGGGGAUGCACUUCUAGCGCUGUACAUGGGGUGGGGUGUGCGGGGAGCAGCGUGGGCCACACUCCUGGGUCAAGUGCUCGCUGCCCUCAUCUUUGCUGCUCGACUGCGGCCACGAGAAUUGAUUCAGAGGAAACAAGGGAGAGAUCAAUGGGAGGAAAAAGCAGGGGAACAAGAGGGGGAGGCAUUGAGUGGAGGUAGGGGGGGAGGAGAGCUCAGCAGAAAAGAAGAUAGCGAUCGGUUGGGAGAAGACUGGGCUGCUGCAGCGCACCAUGGUGAGCGGACUUUUGAGUCGACUCAAAAGUCUGCGGCGCACCAUGGUGAGCACCGUGGUGAGUGGCAGUUCCAUCAAAGUCGGCCGCAGUUGCAACAACAAAGAGAACAAGGACAAGAACAACAGCAGCAACAACAACAGCAAGAAGAAAAGCAACAGCAGAAGCAGCAGCAGGAACAGCAGCAGCAGCAGCAGCAUGACCACGAGCAGCAGCAACAGCAGCCCUCCAAGCGUCAGCUGCAGAUAUCAGUGCGGUGGUUCGGGUGGGGCCUUCAGGAGGAGGGUGCAGCGAUUGCGAGCAUGGCUGUGCCGCUGGUCACGCGAUCCAUACUGGGCAUGGUGGUGUACACGCUGUUGGCACGCGGGGCAGCGACGGUGGGCGUGGUGGCCAUGGCUGCCCACCAGGUCGCCAUGCAGGUGUUCUGGACGCUCAGUUACUUCGCAGAGCCACUCUCGCUCGCAGCACAGUCCCUGGUGGGCCGAGACAUCAAGAGCAGGCCAAAGCGUGCAUCGCGCACGGCGCGUCAGCUGCUGCUGAUGGCAGCAGUCACAGGGGGCGUGUUGGCGCUGCUGGUGCUCACGCUCUCCCUCUGCGCCUCACACCUGCUCUCCUCCGAUCCGGGCGUGCGCCGCGCCGUCAGAAGCGUGGCGUGGCACAGCGCUGCGUGCGAGUGCCUAUGUGCUGUGUCCAUGUCCCUCGAGGGAAUUGCCAUCGGUGCAGUCGAGGGGGUUGCCAUCGGGACAGAUGAAGGGAGGGUGGUUGAGUCGAGUAAGCAGGGAGGGUAG